AUGCCGGACUCUAACGAUGGCAAGACGGGCGGCCCCUCGUCUGCCAUUGUCCCCAAUGCACUAUCUAGAGUAGCAGGUCUCUCGCGACAGCUCUUUCCAUCCAAUCCCUUCUCAACAAAAGCUACCGCCUCUUCUCCUACUCAUCUAGGCGACCUCAAAUUGGGCCCCGAUGUGACUCUCCCGGUGUUUGAACCUCAUGAUCCCCUCCGGUUGCCGAUGCAACGGCUCCUCCUAGACUUAGAGAAUCCCAACGUCCUAUCUGAUCUGACCUGGAUGGGCAAGAAGUGGCAGCUCGGUCAAGAUAUCUUCCUCCUCUCCCCUCCUGGCCCCUACUCUCGUCGGCUGGCUCUUACCUUCGCUGCUCUGCUGCAGGUUCCAUUUGAGUACGUCUCGAUGCAUAGGGACAUAGGAGAAUCAGAGCUGUUGCAGCAGCGCUCCUUGCAGGCUGGUGGAACUUUAAAGUACAUAGAUGGACCGGUCGUACGAGCAAUGAAGGAGGGCUCGCUUCUGGUUCUAGAUGGUGUGCAAAGGGCGGAGAGGAACGUCAUGCCUCUGCUCAACAAUAUUCUGGAGAACAGGGAAGCCAACCUGGCUGAUGGCACGCAGCUGGUACCUGCCAGUCGUUUGGAAGCCCUCAGAGGUGCUGAGGCUUCACUACCGUCCGACUCUGCCUCACAGCAGCGGGACAGCCGCUUCAUACCGGUCCACCCCAAUUUCAAGGUGAUAGCAUUGGGCUUGCCCACACCGCCUUACAAGGGUCUCUCCCUCGAUCCGCCUUUCCGAUCUCGCUUCCAGUCACGGUGGGUGGAGAGUCUGGUACCCUCCAAGGAGCUCGCUUCUCACCAAAUCAUACCUGGCCCUGACGAGGCGCCGGACACUCCGAGAGAACUGGCUAUCCUCUUGGCUCGGCGCCUUCAUGAGUUAUCUUCUCUUGUCAAAUACCACGACGCCUUUGCCCGAGGAGGCGACAUCCUGCCAGAGACAGAGCGUCUUCCUACCAUGCCCUCGACGAUGCUUCCCCUCUUGGAAGACCUUGUCGAGCUCUUCCCGCCUGUCACGCCACUGGUACAGCCGCCGAGCACACCAGAGCCCGGUCCAGCAGCUGAGCGUCAGAAGGAGGCGCUGCUGGGAGCGGCUUGGCCAAAUCUGUACAGCCUCGACAAGGCCAAGCGCAAAGUGGCGGAUGACCUGCUUGAGAGCCUUGCACUGGAUCAUGGCAUCGGAGCAGGAACUGGCCCCACAAGCGAGGGCGAGCAGUCAGGGUUUGGUCUGCUUGGCUACCGCCUUGUUGGUGUAGAGCGAUUGGAAGAGACUCUGGCAAAGGUUCACUUCGAACAAGUAGCCACCUCAGGCAGAAGAGUUGAGGUGGUGGUACCCUGCGGCCCUUUGCCUUUCCGGGACGUACCCAAAGAGGGCACCACGUACUCUCUGAACGACGAGAGCGUUUACGUCACACCUCGCCUAUUGUCUAUACUGACGACAAUGGCGCAGCUUCACUCGUUAGGACGAGACUUUGCUCUGCUGCCCUCGUCCUUUGCCACUUUCGAGGGCUCGACACCCCAAUCCUCUUCCUCAACAACAACGGCCAUUGCGCUAUUCGGAUCGCUACUGGGCUACCCGGUCGAGGCCGUCUGGCUGUGGAAAGACGUCGGCGGCAAUGAGCUGAUCAUGAGAAGGGCCACGACACCCGAGGGUGACACUACUUUUGAGCCAAGUCCCUUGUUGAAGGGCGCACAAGAGGCCAAGAUCGUCCAUCUGGCCGGCAUCGACGUCCUGGGUCCCACUAUCGGCUCUCUUGCAAGCCUGCUGCAAGAUCGCACACUCGAGCUGUGGGAGGGCGGAAGAGCUUCCCUGGAGCAUAAUCAAGCAGCAAGGUUCGGUGACGGUAUUGGCAAAGUGGGCUUGGGUUCUCUUACCCCUCUCCACCCCGCCUUCCGACUCAUUGCGACCUCUUCUUCGGCCAAGUCAGACUGGCUGAAUGAAGAAGUCUCGACAUUGUUCAGCUUCGUCUCUCCCUCCCCGAUGUCCGAGGCAGAGGAGUGGGAAAUCAUCCUCAAGCGCUCGCAAUGUCCUCCGGAGCUCUUGGAGCGUCUUCUUGCCUUCGUCAAGCGCUACAGAGAACUCUCGUCUGAUCCUUCACUUGGUCUUGACAAAUCCAAGAGGCUAGGCACCCGCUCUCUGAUUCGUAUGGCAACUCGCAUUGCUCGUCAUCCCAACACCGACGUGAGGGCCCUGGUAGAGAGGACUCUCCUUGUCGACUUUAUGCCAAGGACCAGUAGGGAGCUGGUACGGAACACCUUGAGCGAGAAUCGUCUCUUCGCGCGUGGAUCAGAAGGAGCCCAUCAAUAUCAACCGCCUGAGUUCCUGGCAGAUCCGUGCAUCGAAGGUGAUCAUCUAGUCUUUGAAGACCUCAAUGCGGGCAAAGGUGACGAGCCAGUCAAACUGCCCGUCUUCAACGCCGCGAAGGAGGGUGACGAGGAAGGCUCAGAGACUCUUAUACCCCACACCGGAGCCUUCUAUGACAACCCUACGCAGUCCCUACUAGCUCGAGAUCUUGGCAUCGACUUGCAGACUGAACACCUGCUUCUGCUGGGCAACCAGGGUACUGGCAAGAACAAGAUUAUCGAUCGCCUCUGCGAGCUACUACGCCGUCCUCGCGAGUACAUUCAGCUCUCUCGAGACUCGACGGUCUCAUCAAUCCUGCAAAUCAUACAGCUAGAUCAGGGUCAGCUGCUCUAUCUAGACUCGCCUUUGGUGCGAGCCAUCAAACUCGGCAGGAUCUGUGUUGUCGACGAAGCAGACAAGUGCUCCUCGGCAGUCACUGCCGUCUUCCGAAGUCUGUCAGAGCGAGGACAACUCACGCUACCCGAUGGUCGACAAGUCCGACCGCGAGGCUCGUCAGGCUCGCCGGAGGAUAUCAUUGUCCAUCCUAACUUCCGCGUGGUGCUUCUGGCCAAUCGCCCUGGUUUCCCCUUUCUGGGCAACGAGUUCCUCUCGACGCUCGGAGAGGGUUUCAGUCCUUAUGCUGUUGCGAAUCCUGAUUUGCAGAGUGAGAUUCGACUGUUGAAACAGGCGGCCCCUUCAGUAGAUGAGGACCUGAUCAAGCGCCUCGAUCUCGCUUUCCACGACUUGCGUGGUCAAUUCGAUGCGGGUACGCUCAACUACCCUUACUCUCUUCGAGAGCUCCUCCAUAUUGUCCGUCACAUGGACAAGUACCCCAGCGAAGGACUGGUGGACGUCCUGCUCAACACGCUCUCCUUCGACUUGCAUCGCCCGCAAGCCAUGGAGGUAGUGGCCGCUGCACUACAGCGGAGAGGUCUGGAUGUCAAGGGUCUGAGCAUUGCAGAGGUGCGCGAAGCGAAGGAGGAGGAGAUGAGAAAGGUCGUCGCUGCCAAGGGCAAGGUGGGUUUCGACCCUAAGAAGGCGGGGAAGGACACAGGUCUAGACAAGCCCAAAGAUGGCAAGGUGGACCCGGAGAACAAGGAGCAUCACGGCGGCAACACCUGGAGGGGCGGUACAGGAGGUCGCGACACGGCAGGUCUGGGUGGUCGAGGCGGGUAUGAGCGUUUGGCCUCUGGACAUCAGGUGAAGCAGAUCUCGGACGAGCUCAAGAGGGAUGUGCCUGAUCACAUCAAGGAGCAGGCUAGACAGAUGGCGCGUGAGGCCCUCGCUAAGAAGCUCGCACAGGAGGGCCUGACGCAGCACGAGGCUGCCACGUACGAGGCCUACAAGCGGGAGCUCGAAGCGCCCGUCAACCACCUAGUGAGCGUGCUCAAUGAUCUACAGGCCAACAAGAAGGAGCGUGCCUGGCUCACACGCCAACAGGAAGGAGAGCUGGACGAGCGAAGACUCACAAAUGCUCUCACUGGAGAGCGGUCCGUCUUCAAGCGACGGCAGGAGGCUCCCCCCGAGGUGGGCGCACCGACUGUGAAGCCCAAACGGAUCCGUUUCCUUGUAGACUGCUCUGCCUCGAUGUACUCGAUGGGUUUCGACGGCCGAUUGGACCGUGAGAUCAAGACGGUGCUGAUGGUCAUGGAAGCCUUUUCCAAGGUGGAAUCGGGAAAAUUCGUCUAUGAUAUCAUUGGUCACUCGGGAGAAGCGCACGACUUACCCUUGGUCACCAUCGACAAGAUUCCCGAGAAUGCCGGUAGACGUUGGAAGGUACUCAGGGAUAUCAUCUCCACGACUCAAUUCACUAUGAGUGGAGAUAAUACCGUCGAGAGUCUCGAGCACGCCGUCAAGACGUUGCCGAUCAAGGGAAGUGAGGAGGAAAUGGACGAUUAUAUCGUCAUUGCCCUCUCGGACGCUAAUUUGGGACGGUAUGGCAUCACUUCAAAGAUCCUCGAGAGGGCAAUGAGUCGCAACUCGAAAGUCAAGGCGGCAAUCAUCUUUAUUGGUGGAGCAGAAGAGGGAGAGAGGGUCGCAAAGGACCUACCCGGGAAGGCACUCGUCUGUAAAGACCUCAAGAGCCUGCCUGUCUUGCUUAGCGAGAUUUUGGUGAACAUGGUGGGCAGAGAGUAG